GUCAUUUAUAAGCGCAGCUGAGAACUUCAGAUAUCACGAUAGAAGACUCAUAUGAUACGAUGUGUAAUUCACCCUUCACCUGAGCCCUAUGAGUAACUACCUGCCUUACACGGCAGUAAUAACUGCUAAUGACUGCUAAUAACUGCUAAUAACUGCCAAUGAACUCGGGGACACGAAACUCUCUUAUAGGUCACAAACAAACUUUAUGCAUCAGUCACUGCUAUUAUCUGUCAUAUUCAUCAUAUGCUCAAGAAAAGGGGAGAGCAAUUUUAGGCUACAAACCUCAAUCGGCAUAUCCUAAUUACCUACCUCAUACGUCUUUAUAUAAUAUAUAAUAUAUUGCUUAUUCCCAACGCCGCCGCACCUAUAUAAGAACGUCAGCUACCUAUAACACACCACCCAAAAAAAAAAAAAAAACUCAACAAGUAACAUCACAACGACGCAAUCGGAAAAUGUCCGAGACAAUCCGUCUCCCCCACAAACCCGACGCCCCGCUGUCUUACCAAUUCGUGCCGGGACAGGGCCCCUUGUCAACCACCCAUCUCGUCGUCUACCUCAACGGACUCAUCGCCCCCCAGUCCGGCUGGCAUGCAACUAUAGAGGAUCUUCAACGACUAUGGGAUGAAAGCAGCCGCAGCACUAAUCACCCACCGCUACUUACCUACGACCGCUACGGCCAGGGUGAGUCCGCGCGCGAUCCUGCCGAUGACCAGCACGGCGGGAGCCACGACAUCUGCGAGGUCGUCGCAGACCUGCACAUCCUAGCGCAAGAGAUUUGGCGCACCAAGAUAAAGGAUGUUCCGAAUGAAGAUGGAGCGGACCAAGUGCCGAAGUUAAUCUUCGUCGCCAACAGCAUCGGCUGCGUCAUUGGACGUUUCUACGCCGAGACGUAUCCGGGCUCUACGGCGGCACUACUAUUCCUCGACAGCAACAUCGCUAACAGCGACCUAGUAUCGCUCUUCCCGGACCCGGACGCAUCAGGCUUCGACCCGGCUACACUCCCCACGGACUCGACAGUCGCGGACCUGCGCCGCACGCGCGCGGGCUAUGCCGCGCACUUCCAGCCAUCGGCGCCGAACCCGGAGCACCUAGACCGGCGAAACAUCAUGUCGCUACUGCCGCUUUCUGACGCGCCGCCGCUGCAGGGGCCAGACGAAGGGAUGGGGCCGUGGAUCACAGUUGUAGGGCACGACUGGGAGACCUUUGCCGAGGAGGGCUUGCGGGGGUCCAUGAACGUGCCCAAGGGUCUGACGAACGCGUACAUGAACCCGCCCUGGGCCGACUACAACGAGGGGCUCACGCACCUGACGGAUGCGGAGAGAGUCCGGGGUCCAGUGAUAGCGACGGGUUGUGGCCAUUUCAUACAGAAGGAUGACCCGGCGCUGGUUGCGGAGCUUACGGAUGACUUGAUACAGAAGAUCGAGGCGAAUGGAGCGAUAUAGGGGUAGGAGGGGUGGAAUUCGAGGGCUGCCUACCUGCCUAGGUUACCUACCUUUUGCUCUUGCGUAAGUAUGUAUGUGUGUACAUGAUACAUAGGUAGGUAGCUUCACGAGCACCGCGAUGAGUUGAUGACUUGCCAUUUCGGCCAUUAUACCUGAUAGUAGCAGAUAGACUAUAGAUACGAAGCGACGUCGAUUUCACGGGUUAUCUCCCUGCCAAAACCCAUCUUCUUCUUCAUGCGACGUGUAUUUGGCUUCCGUUUCCUGCACGGAAACUCUUUGCGAGCAACGUUUCUACAUAGUUACAACAGUCAGUCGAAAGGAAAACAGUUACCUCCAAGCCAACUAUCUAGGUUAUGUAGGCACCUAACCUACCUAUCUACCACCGAGUCCCUACAAACCAAAAGCGCAUGAUAGAAACAGCCGUUUUCAGCACCCCGUCCAUAAGUCAAGUUACAACGUUGC